UUUGACGUUUAAAAAUGCUCGAAAUUGAGUGGUGAAACGUUUAAAAAUGUUCGAAAUUCAGUGGCCAUAUGUAACAAAAUUAAAAUCAGUAGUAUACAGCCUAAAAAAGGAAGUGCAACAAACUGAAAAGUAUGCGACUCUACUUGAUAAGUUAAAAGACCAUGCCAUCGUGACUUUGGAAAAUAAGAAGCUGAAUUUUAGGAAAAAUAUUACAAUUCCGAAAAUUUACUAUGGAGAUCAAUACGAAGACAAGAGAUACAUACCAGUUACAAUUAUUGAUAAAAUAAUUUAUAUAAUAGACAAAUUAUAUUUCGAACAAAAAUGUUGUAUGAAGAGAUACAGCGGUUGUUGGAAGAAGUGAAGAAUGAGUCUGAGCUAUCUGAUACAAAGCUUCAAUGUCAACCCAUUGAUCAGAACAUUCCAGAGUAAGUGUUUUAUCAGUGCAUUAGUCCAGCAAGGCAACAUAAAAUGUUUAUACAAGCAUG